AUGGAUGGUGCCAGAGAUUCUGAGGUAGCCAUGGGUGCUUAUCAACCAUGUCACCUUGGCUUGCUUCAUGACUCCUUCCACCACCCUGAAAGUGAAGAAUGUAUUAAGAAGGUGAACCAAAUUGCUGACAAGUAUUGGGAUCUCUAUUCAAGUGAGUCACUUGAGCAUGACCUUCCUGGCCACCUGAUCCGAUAUCCUAUUGGGGUUUCCAGCGAAGGAGUUGUCACUGAGCUUCCGUUGAGUACGAGUCACUGCAUGACCUUCUUUGUGUAUUUUCAUUGUGCACUUGGUUGA